AUGGACUGUAUACCGCAGCUAAACGACUUCUUUCCUCAGGAUGAGCUCGCCUGUCGAAGCGUCCGUCGACGAGGGGACGAACCUCCAUUUGAACUUCGGUACUGCAAGGACCAAAUGCAGCUGGGCUUCAAGGAUCCCAAUUCUGUGAAUGAGAUGAUUUUCAGCGUCACCGGUUCUCUCGAGCUAGAGCCCAGUCGUCGCUCUAAUAUUCCAGACAGAUACAUAUCCGAAGAAGUACACAAAUGUACAGUCCCAUCACUUGGACGUUUUCGCAAGAUUUUUCAGGAGUUGUACCAGUCCCUGCUUCAUUUAUUAGUGGGACAUUAA